UCUCGCAAGUUACCGUUCCGUACGCCAUUAUCGUGGUCCGAGACAGGGACGGGAUUUGAUAAUGUCUACAGAUGGCUCUGGAGAAAGGAUUCCAGAAGCACCUCGUAUUAUUGCUGUCGAAACAUCGUCAGUUGUAACAAACCUAGAUGAGUCCUCAAACAUGGAUGGAGGGGGAGAUGAUGAUGAUGGUCCAUUGGCGAAAAGGAGGCGGUUAGAGGACAGUGAACUCUGUGUGGAUCAGUCAAUAAAGCAAAUCCUUUUUAACAUCAACAAAGCAAUCUGCAUGAGAUUGGAGACAAUUGAGAACAAACUGGACACCCUAAGUCAGAGAUCUCGCACUGUUGAAGAAAAGGUGGAGCAGCUACUGAUUCAAGCCAGACAGGCUCCAGGGGCCUCCCUGUCCCCUAACGCUACCGGCUCCAGGAGAGGGGCUGUCAUCGUUGGCCUUCCCCAGAAUGGGACCCGUUCUGAUACAGAUGGUGAUGGCAGUGUGGAUGGAAGUGUCCAGAAUCUUGGUCCUAAUGUCACCCUAAUUACACUGAACACUGAAGAGGAUUACCCUAAUGGUGUGUGGCUUGGGGAGGAGUCGAAUCCUGAAAUGAGGGUGCGAAUACCAAUAACACCAAGUGACCUUUUGCAUGUGCACUCAAACUGCCGCACGCCUGAGAAGAUGGCGCUGACGAUGCUAGACUACCUGUUCGACAGGGAGACCCAGGCCUGCUCUAAUCUGUCGGGGAUGGGCAAACAUGGAAAGAAGCAGCUAGAUCCUCUUAUGAUAUAUGGAAUCAGGUGUCACCUUAUUCAUAGAUUUGGUAUAACAGAAAAUGAUUGGCACCGAAUAAAACAAAACAUAGACUCAAAGUGUCGCACUGCAUUCCGAAGAAAACAAAGAGGGAUGCCAUUGACGGUAAAAGCAUUUAGAGGAAAGGCUCCUCCAACUUAUGUAAAUAUUGGGUCACAUUUACCGGGAGAGCUAGGUUGUCAGAGCGAUGAGGAUUCAAUCAGUCACGAAGACUCUGAGUUACAUAUCCAUCAGGCUGAAGUAGACACCAUACAGCAAGCCGUGUCUACUAUGCAAGGGGAGGCAAUCCAGCAGGGAGAGAUACAGAUACUCCACGCCACUCCAGAACAAAUAUCCCAGCUACAGCAAGCUCAUCAUAUACAAAUACUCCAGGGAGAUCAAGUCAUAGGGCAAAUACAGCAAGGUGAUGUGGCAGCACUCGGGGAUGGCAUCCAGGUUGCUACGGUAACGACAGACUCAGGAGAAGUUCUUCACAUUCAGCAGGCACCUGCAGUAGUGCCUGAAGUGACAGACUAGCAACUGGACUUACCUCCCUUGUACAUAUUAACACAGAAGGCAGCACCGUCUUCAUUGUUCAUGUGGCUGUUCAGCAUUCAGCUUCGGAGAGAACUAUUUUUCCUUUGAAGGACUGGGUAAUAAUUGCAACAAUGCAACUUGUGCUCUUUAUUGAGGGAUCCUUCAGUUCAUCAUGUGUUCAGGAAGCAACUUCAAUAACUGCAAGUGAUGAGUUGGUGAUCUAACUUAUAAUUGUGUGUCGCUCAUGCCUACUGGUGGAUGUAACAGAGCUCGAUUUAAGGAAAUGAAACCAAAUUACACCUGGUGCAACCUUAGGUAACAGUCGUGUUGCACUAAACAAAAACAGCUUGCACCUGCUGCUCAAUACAAAAUAUUAUAUACAAUGCUUGAGUUUUUGUGUUGAUGAUUUAAGGCAUCAUAUAAUAAAUUAGUCUUGGUCUGAUAAGAUAUCUUCAUAAAAUUUCAUUGCAUGAACAGUAACAGUCAUUCAAUCACUGUGCUGUCAUCAGAGUCACUGCUCCAAGCCACUUCCUUAUCAUUCUUUUUUCCAGCUGAAGUCUGUGUCCUGCACUGGGUGUAAGUUGGUACAAAUACCAGGCUGCAUUUUGCAGUUCCAGGUUGCACCAAUUCUAGUUCUAAAUGCUUAAAUCGAGCCCCUCAUAACGAGACAAAAAUGUCUGGAAGUACUAUCAUGACUAUCAAGGUUUGUUCUGACAGAAACUCGUUGAAUUUUGAGGUUUAUCAUUAAAGCUUGAAUGAAGAUCUUCACUUUGACACUUCUGAAAUUUGAAGGAGUGCAAGUAAAGCCUGCAAGAUUUGGAAGAAUCUUUGUAUUAGUCAUUGAACUCAUAUAAACAUAUUUUCACUAAAUAAUACAGCACGGUUAUCCAGUGAUUGUUUUGUUUGACAUCUGCGAACCUUCAGGAUGUUAUUUAGUGUGCAAAUGAAAAAUUGUUCUAUUGUUCAAUCAUGUCCACUUUUGAAAGUAUUUGGCCUCGAGUGUUUGAAUGUAUCCCUGUUUGGGUCGGAUUAUAAGCAGAUUUUGACUGGUGAAGAAUAGGAGGCUUGCAAUCAACACAGUUGUUAUGACCAGGCGUUUCACAAAGUGAUUUGCAUGUUAUGACUGUCUUGAGACAGUUAACAUAAGGAGCUGUGAGUCUUAGCACUCUCAUUUCUUUGUGGAACUGUCCUGGGCAAAUGAGGGCAUUAUCUUCAGGUUCAUCCAGCACUGAACUCUUAAAUAUUCAAAGAGAGCAGCUUUACCUUUUGUGACAGGGUGUUUGCAAAAUACAGUCAUCCCUCACCAUAGCGCGUGUCUUGGGGUCCAUGGAAUAAACCUGGAAUAAAGGCCAAGUAAAGUUGUAUAAAGAACGUUAUUGUGAGGGAUGACUGUACAUUUCUUGCUCCAUCUAUACUCAACCAGUUUUUACAUAUUGAUGAAAAACAAUAGGUUGUAGUGGCCGAACUGAAUGAAAGUAACCAAACCUGUCCGACUUACUCAAGACACUUCACCUACUGUUGCUGUUUGAUAUUAUGUUGUUAUUUGAGAAUGUUGAGUGGGACAAAACUGGCAUGUUUGCAAAGCUUUGCCUUUUUUUCAAAAGUGCAUGGCCAUUAUUUAUGAAUUAAAUUUUUGAAUACA